AUGGAGGGAAGGAGUGGAAACUACAGAGGGAUCACACUGUUGAACACAGUAGUAAAAGUGUUCUGUAAGCUGCUGAACGAUAGGAUAGUGGGAGUAUUGGAGAAGGAACAUANCGAUAGGAUAGUGGGAGUAUUGGAGAAGGAACAUAGCAUUAGUGAGGGCCAGGCAGGUUUCCGCAAGAAGAGGGGGUGCGUAGACCACGUGUUCACGGUAGGGAGAAUCAUCCAAGGUAGAAAAAGGGCGGGAAAGCCGACGUACUGCUUCUUCCUGGACGUGAAAAAGGCAUACGACACCGUAUGGAGAAAUGGGUUGUGGAAAAAACUGUCCAAAUACGGGAUCGAGGGGAAAAUGUAG